AUGUCCACCAGUGAAGUUACCCGCAAAGUCGCUCAAGAAUGGUUUGGAUACGUCGAGGGCCACCAAUACGAAAAAUUAGACGCGCUUGCUACACCCAGCGCUAACUGGUGGAUUGGCGGAUCAAAGGAGAAGAUCCCGGUGGCGGGCGACAUGCCAUACGUGCAGCGGCGCCAGGGUACAGAGCAGCUGAAUGAAGGUGCCGAUAAAAGUACUACCAAGCUCGUCGGGCUGACGGUCGACGGUAACGUCGCCGUGCUCGAGGUAUACAGAACACUCGAUGGACCUGGCGAGAAGCACUACGAGACGUAUGCAAUUGUAAAAUUGAUACUUAACGAAAAGGGCAAGAUUCAGGAAGUCAGGGAGUAUUUGGAUUUCUUUGCGCUUUUCAAAUACCUUGGUGUUCCAGGAUUUUAG